AUGAGUUUCUGCGAUGAUCGUGAAGAUACAUACUCUCUCGCGCUCACAGCUGUUUCAUUUCUGUUGAGAAAGUACAACAUUGAUCCUUCAUCGAUUGGCCGUCUUGAAGUUGGCACAGAAACCAUUCUUGACAAGUCAAAGUCAGUCAAGUCUGUGCUCAUGCAGCUAUUUGAAGGGCACAACACGAACAUUGAAGGUGCCGAUACCUACAACGCAUGCUACGGUGGAACCAAUGCCUUGUUCAAUGCCGUAAACUGGAUCGAAUCUUCUGCAUGGGACGGCCGCGAUGCGAUCGUCGUGGCUGCUGACAUCGCAGCUUAUGAUACGGACCGGGCGAAGCCAACAGGUGGCGCGGGCUCCGUUGCCAUGCUCAUCGGCCCAAAUGCGCCGCUGGAGAUCGAACCUGGAUUGCGCGGAAAUUAUAUGAGACACACAUACGACUUCUACAAACCCGACUUCUCCAAGGAAUACCCAUACGUGGAUGGUCAUUUGUCACUCCGGUGUUACGGAGAAGCCCUUGACGGUUGUUAUAAUGCCUACCUGGCUCGCGAGAAAGUGCUCUCCGUUAAUGGCACUAAUGGCCACACCCACGAUGAUGGCACUGAAAAUGAUGCCGAGUUCGACAGCGGGAAACCUGCGAGUGUUGAAUCGCCUGCUGACCGCUUUGACUACAUGUGUUUUCAUUCACCUACCUGCAAGACCGUCAUGAAGUCCUACGCCCGCCUGUACUUCAACGACUUCCUUGCGGACCCAACCAGCGCGAUGUUCAAGGAUGUACCUCCGGAGCUGAAAGAUACUGCCAACGAGGCCGAGAUAAACCGACACUUCUUGCCUUUGACGAAGAAGCGGUUUGGCCAACGAGUUCAGCCGGCCACUCACUUACCCAGUCAAUGUGGAAACAUGUACACCGCAAGUUUAUACUCGAGUCUGUGCAGCUUGUUGACCUUCGGAACCAGCACACAACUGAAAGGCAAGACGAUUGGUAUGUUCAGUUAUGGAAGCGGCUUGUCAAGCUCCAUGUUCAGCCUGAAGGUCGUUGGCAGCGUGGAGGAGAUGAAGAGUAAGCUCGAUCUUGUUGCAAGACUCGAGGCGAGGAAGCAGGCGUCACCAGAAGCGUAUCAGGAGGCACGCAACCGACGAGACUUUCUUUAUGGCAAAAAGGGACAUCUGCCUACCGGUUCCGUGGAGCACCUUAGUAAGGGCACAUACUACUUAGCAGAGGUAGAUGAGAUGUAUAGGAGAGCCUACCGAGUAAAGGGGUGA